AAUGCCGCCACCGCCAAAAUGGCGCCGGCCAUGAUGCCACCACCACCGCCGGGUGCACUGCCUUCGCCACCGUGGAUGACGCCAGCAAUGGAUCCUGUGUCACCCAAGGUGGAACUGCCAAAGAAUAACGUGCCACAGCCCACGAAUCCAUUAAAGAGCAUCAAAUGGUCCAAGCUGCCGGAUGCCAAGCUCCAGGGCACCGUCGGGAGCGAGCUUGACGAAAGCAAGCUGUAUAACAUGGAUUUGGAGUCGAUAAACAAGCUCUUGUCGGCUUAUCAAAAGAAUGGGGUAUCGGCCACCGAUAGCUCCGAUGAGGAUCUGCGGGCAACUGGCGGCAAGCCAGCCAAGCAGAAGGUGCUCUCAGUGAUCGAUGGACGCCGCCAGAACUGCACCGUCCUGCUCAGCAAGCUGAAGAUGAGCGAGGCCAUUUUCUCGAUGGACAGCAACGAGCAGCUGCUAAAGUUUACGCCCGUGGUGGAGAAACAUGCACUGUUGGAUGAGCAUAAAGAGGAUAUUGAGUCACUGGCCCGCGCCGAUCGCUUCCUUUACGAAAUAUCAAAGAUUCCCCACUACGAGUAAAGGCUGAAGAGUCUCCACUACAGGAAGCGCUUUAUGCCGACGGUCAACGAUCUUAUACACCGCAUCGCCAGUGUAAUAGAGGCGUACCGCGUAGUGGCUAGUUCCCGACGUCUGCGAAAGCUCCUUGAGCUGAUUCUGGCUAUGGACAACUACAUGACC